CCGCUGUACGGCACGUUUAUAAUUCGAAGUUCUGCAAUAUAAGUCGCGGGCACCUCAAACUUCCCGAGUUCUGCCCCCCUUUCAAUACACCGUGAAUGCUUGUAUGUACCUGGCAGGACCCGUUGCCUAGGAAACGCGUCGCGCGGGAGGAACGGGCUGAGGAGAGGGCUUGUUGGCGGUGGCCUCUUUCGUUGAGAGAACCAUGGCUUCGCGAGGCGAGCGCCCCGUCCCUUUGCCUCGGGCCGCGGCCAAGCAGUGGUAGGCCUGGUUCUGAGGCUGCCUCACUUUGACAUCCAAAGUGAACUGGUUUUGGCUGCAGUCACAUGUCAUGGAAGAGCCAGGAGCUUCAGACUCUGUAGCUGCCUGUAUAAGGAGAUGCACUGUUUUCUCAGAGACUGAAACAGCUGGUACCAACUUUGAAGACCAGCAGCUGGAACAGUCAUACAAGCAGCUUAAGGUUGGAAGGCCCAUGGCCAAGCUCCCUGCAAGCAGCCUCACGCCUCAGGGUUCAGCAUGUCAAGAUAAUUCACUGUUGAGAGGGGAUAAACAGAACAAUGAACUUCACACUCCUUUUAUGAACAGGAGUGAGCAAAAGAAACUGCAAGAGGAAAAUCUAAGAUUAAAGUAUGAAUUAGAAGAUUUAAGAAGCCAAUAUGAGCAGCUCAUAAAGGAAGGGAAGAAUGAAUGCUUUGAGGAAAGACGUGUUAGUUUUCUGAAGGCCCAAGUACUACAGCUGGAAAGGCAGGUGCUGCUGCUUACAGAAGGAUUAAGUUCUCGAGCUGCUCUUAUGUUGCAGUCAAACAAUUCUUUAGAAGCACUUACUGACAAGCUUAGUUUUUUUCUCAGCGCUGAAGGAACUGCAACUGAAGUAACCAUUCCACGUCCAGAACUUCUUCAAUUAAUCGAGAUAUGUGAAGCAAUGAGAGUAAAACUUCAAAGAAACCAGCAGAUUUCUGAUCUGUCAAAACUUGCAUUGCCUUGGACUAUGGGAGGGAACCUUGUUACACAGCCAAUUACCCUUUUGGACGUCUGCUAUGGCAAAAUAGAAAAUUUAAAUCUUAGAUAUGUGAGCGCUCUUGAAGGAAAACUUAGCAAGCUGCGGAGACACCUGCUUGCCAUGAGGCAAAAUCUGGGUUUUGUUCUUGCCCCAGGACAGAUGUCCUCUGAGGCAGCUCAGCACAUCCUACCAACUGCUGUUUAUGCUCGGCUGAUAAAUCAUGCAACUCAGUGUCAGCAGUCUGUGGAGGAAUGUUGCAAUGAUUUGCUCACUUUGACGCUUCUGGUACCUUCAGCACCUUGGGAAAUCCUGGAGAAUUCCUUGAGCCAGGAGUUCACUGUGGAGAAUGUGCUUGCGACGCUUCCAGCCUUCCCCAAGGGUGCCCCUCAGCAACGUGCUAAAAGGGCAGCGGAAGCCCUGGUAAAGGCUCAAAAUUAUUCCAGGCAAAUGGCAAUGCAACAGAUACUUGCUUUGCAAGCUGAACUUAACUUCCACAGAAAUUUGUAUAAUCUUCAAGUUAAGUACACCGAAGCUGUCUUUGAUGGGAUAAAGCAAGCAUACCACACAUUUCAAGAUAAUGUUGCCAUGGUUCUAUGUUCACCAUUACAAGAUGUUUUUUCUUCUUAUACAAAACUUAAAGCAGAAGCUUCAGAGGCAGCUUUGAGAGACUUCCUCACUGCUUUUAGGAACAAUGCAGAACAAAUCCAAUAUGCAGUUGAAACUUUGGCUCCACCAGUGAAUCACCAGUAUGAAGGUGAUGAGGCCUUGUCAAAGUUUGGAAAAGAGUUCUUCCUGUCUUUGGAACGUUCCCUCAAAGUCUGUGGAGAGCAGCGGGAUAAGGCAGCCAGUGAAAUGGAAACCUUGCAAACGGAACUAGACCAGGCCUUCGAAACUCUUCGGAAUUUAAGGGACCAAAAAGUGAAGAAAGCGGGAGCCAGCCAGCGUUUUCCAAAGCAGGAAGAUGACAGAGCAGAUGGAAUAGAAGAAAGGGGCUUGAAUGUACUUCCAAAACACAAGCCUGAGCCUGAACCAACAUCCACAUUUCCUGUAGACAGCCAUAGCCUCUUGUUAAAACAUGCUUCUGUUACAGAGAGGGAAUCUGUCAACCCAUCUUCCAAGCAGAAAAUAGAAAGCUCUGAUGGUGUGAAUGUUCAGCAGAAGGGGAAGCUCCUACACCGGAGCAAGAGUAUGAAAAACAUGGAAAGGCCACCAUGGCAAAGUUAGACAUAGCUCUUUGGGCCUGUGACAGCCUUAGCUUUGUCAACAACUCUUAACUAAAUUCUGUGGGAGUGAAGUUGUGACUAUGUGGUGUAUCAGUGGGAUGUAAGCUUAUUUUCCUCCGGGAGUUGAUUUUAUACUCUUUAGUGGCUCUUGAGAGCCAUUUUAUACAUGUCAAAUUUCAUUCCCUAGAACUGUUUCCUGUUUAGAAAAUGGAAAACAUUUGGCCUGUUGAAGCAGCUUCCACAUAAAGUUAAAAGACAUGGGAACAUGCUGAAAAAUCGCAUAUCUCUGAAGAGACAGAAUGUCAAAGCUGGAAUGUGUGCAUAGAGAGAAGAUGAACACCAUUGUUGCAUCACAACUCUAAAAUUAAUCCUGCACCUCUUCUGGCACUUUUUGCAGUGCUUUAUAACCUAAGAAGUGUACUUAUCCCUGACUGUCAUUGGGUCAGGGCUUUAUAUGUAUGCAAGACAAUGUAAGCUAGAUAAUGGCUUUGAAGGUAAUUGAAUGCACAUCAAUACCCCUCUUUCCCCCUCACUUUCCUUCUUGUGGUGCAGGCACAUGUAACAGAUGGAGAAUAGCACUGUGGGACUUUCAUGAGCGAAAUAAUCAGGACAUUUGGUUUUCAGGUGUCAGUGCAGUCUUAGGGAAAGACAUUUACUGGUUUUUUAUUUUUUGAUGGUUCCCUCUUAGUGCUGAAGCAAUAACUCAGGUAGUUGCUAAGCAGAUGUACCCCAAGCAUCCACUGGAAUUUAAUGGAAGAGACUUUGAACCUAUCUCAUCACGAUUUUACGUUGUCCUUUUCCUACACAGAUGCUUUGGCUUGAAAAACAAUCCUUGAAGCAGGCUUGUGAUUUGUGGCGUUCCACAAAGCCAAGUCUGGUUCUCCGUAAAUGGUCUCAGCUAUCUGAGAAACUUAAUUGUUCUCCUUGGCUUGCUACCCCUGCUAAAAGCAAUACUCAUGCUUACGAGGCUAAUAAAACUGCUCAAAAUGAUAGCAUGAGGAUCAAGGACAGCAUUCAAAAUGUUUAUGACUUGUGAAUGGUUUUGACGACCCCUUUUUUUUUGUUUGAGAGUGAUGCAAAAUAUUAUGCUCUGUAGUAUUUUUAAAAUUGUAUUUAAAUUAUAUUUUAUCCCCCCCCCCAAUCAACUAUCGGUUGAAAUGCUGAAGAUGAAAUGUUUCUUUGUUCUCGUUAAUAAAUGACAGAAAUAGAAUGCAA